GCGCUCCGGAUUCAUUAAUAGCUGAAAAGUUGAAUAAAAAUAGACAUAAAUGUAAACGCGUGCACAUUUUGCGCACACGGCACGUGUAUAUUUGUUGCGCUGAUAAGACGAUCGGGACUAAUCGGGAAUAAUCGGGACGUUCAAUUCAGGUUUGACGUUUGACGCUCAAGUAUUUCGAAACUCGAGUGCCAAUUGUGUCCCACGGAUUUAUUUAUUUAUUUUUUUUAAUAAUUUUGUACGAUUCUGGGAACGACGGAUGAACGGAAGAUGGAUUAAAACGUUUCUCUGAUGAAUUCAGUCGCGCAUAAAGGGCGACGAGAGAGCUGACGAAGCUCCGUGAACGUACAGUGGAUUCGUGCCGCAUCAUAACCAAUGACGUGGAUAUAGGUUAACUUCCCGUUCACGCUGAAAAGCUGAAAACGUAAUCGGUAGUCGCCAAGGUGUAUCGGGGCACGUUUCCAGCGCCGAACAAUUUGUAAAUAAUGUUCGAAAUCACGGACACGCAGAAAAUCGGAGUGGGACUGGCGGGGUUUGGGAUCUCCUUCCUGUUCCUCGGAGUGCUGUUACUCUUCGACAAGGGUCUACUCGCCAUUGGAAAUCUUUUGUUUAUAUCGGGACUCGCGUGUGUCAUCGGACCGUGGAGGACGUUAAACUUCUUCUUUCAAAGGCAUAAGAUGAAAGCCAGCGUUUCGUUUCUAGGAGGUGUUUUUGUAGUACUUUUAGGUUGGCCCAUUGUAGGAAUGAUCUUAGAAACCUAUGGCUUUGUACUAUUAUUCAGUGGUUUUCUACCAGUAGCGAUAAACUUCUUACGAAGAGUACCCAUAUUGGGAACUGUACUGAACAUGCCUGGCAUCAGUCGGGUUUUGGAUAUAAUAGCGGGUGACUCUAACCGAACGAGGGUAUGAUAUGACUAUACAGUAUAUCAGAAACAUCCGCAUCCUCUUGCUUGGAAACCUGUAUAUAAAGCGGUCAAAUGUCAUGUUUCACAUACUUUUUCUGUCAUUCCUGUUUGAGAGUGCCGGCGGUCAAAUUUCUGUACAAAAAUGUAAGAAUAAUUUACUUCUUAUGUCAGUGUAAGAAAAAUACCGGUAAGAACCUAGUAUAAUCAAUUUGUAUGUUUCCAAUUUAUAUACACAUGACAUAUGUAUACUGAUUAUGUCAAGGGUACAUUUGUUUACAGAAAACAUUCCGAAGUCUUCUGUAAGAAGAUAAUUUUCAAAUUCUUUAUCAAAGUAUUAAUCAUUAAAUCAUUAUCUGUUAAUAAAUAAUGACUAAAAAUGUACUCUCUCCUGAUCAAGUAAUGAAUGUUUUGGGAUAACAAUAAAUGAACGUGUUUAAUGUGUA